AUGACGCGUCCUUCGAGUGCGCUCGGAGUGCAGCCAGGCGACUUCGUGAUGAUCAGGUACGCCGUCGGCGGCAAGUGUCUGUGGCACGACCGGCUCGUGUUGGCGCUCGCGGCGGGACCCCUUUGGGGAGUGGGAAUCCUGACCCCCGACGGCGACGCCUACACGGAGGUGCUGGUGGGCGGCCCCGACGUGGCGGCCUGCGUCGUUUGUGCGGGAGGCGCCGCAGGCGGAGCCGCAGUCGGGAUCGGUGGCGAUCCUGGGUACCGUUUCCGCGCGGUGCUUCUGGCCACAACGGUGAAGGCGGCACAGCAAACGGUUGAAACGGAGCUUGGGUUGCCAGCUGCGGCGGCCGUGGAACCGAACGUCGGGAGCCGACAUAUCUCAGCAGGUGCUGGGGUUGCUGCAACGGGAGCGGCACCAGCAGCAGGCGGCGGUGCGGCGGAUGGGGUUGGCGGCGGCAUUGGCGGAGGCGGUUUGCCGGCCCUUGCUGUGGCCGGGGGCGCUGUCUUGGGGCCUGGCGAGAGCGGCGAGCAGGGCGGCACAGACGCGGUGGAGCAGGCGGAGGCCGUGGCACUGGGCGAGUAA